AUGCAACUAGCUCGUUGUUUCAAUUUCCCUCGUGUUGUAACUCGUUAUCUUGCUCAGUCAAGAAAUCCGUUAAGUGUCACAUGCCGUCGUUUUGUAGAAACUCAUUCUCGAAGCAAGAGGCGAAAAUUCCCCUACUUGCAAUGGGGAUUUUUCUUUGUCUCCACCGCUGCUAUCGCGUAUUUCAGCGUGUAUUUUGUGUCUGAUGGCAGAGAAACGAUGCAGAAAUUGACCGCCAAUCAUCAUAUAAGUAUCGGUGGUGAUUUUCGUUUAAUUGACCAAAAUGGAAAACAAAUCACACUCAGCGACUUUCGGGGAAAGUGGGUUAUUCUAUACUUCGGGUUUGUCAGGUGUCCCGAUAUCUGCCCUGAACAAAUUGAUCGCCUUGUUGAAAUACAAGAACAUUUGGCUUUUUAUGGAAAAGACAAGGAUUUGGUUCUUGUUUUCAUUACUGUUGAUCCUGAACGAGAUACUCCAGCGGCUAUGAAAAAAUACAUUACCACAUUUUAUUCGGAUAGAUUGGUAGGGUUGACUGGUUCUAUCGAACAAAUUCAUGAAACUGCCAAGAAAUACCGAAUUUACUACAGCAAAGGCCCAAAGGAUGCUGACGGCGACUACAUUGUUGAUCAUACCGUUGUAAUGUAUCUCCUUGAUCCGAAGGGCAACUUUGUAGAUUACUAUGGUCAAAUGAAACCUGUGAAAGAAAUAGUCCGACGAAUCAUGGAUUUAAUGAAGAAUUUUGACAAAUAG